AUGGACUACUUAGAUAUGAUGAAAAAUCUCUUUAUCUCUUUCUUCAUAUUCAAUUUAGGAUUCUUAGAAGCUGAAAAGGUUCCUGCUGUUUAUGUGUUUGGAGACUCACUUGUUGAUGUUGGAAACAACAAUUACUUGAAUGGUACCUUAGCAAAAGCUAUCUUUCCUUACUAUGGUAUUGAUUUUCCAACUAACAAACCUGCUGGGAGAUUUAGUAAUGGCAGGAAUGCUGCUGAUUUGAUUGCUGAGAAACUAGGAUUGUCCACUUCACCACCUUACCUCUCUUUAGUAUCUUCUAUGGUCAAAAACAGCAAAAGCAAUGUAUCAUUCUUGAAUGGUGUUAACUUUGCCUCUGGAGGUGCUGGACUUUUUAAUGGCACAGAUCAAAGCUUUUGGAAAUCAAUAGAUAUGACAAAGCAAGUUGAGUACUAUUCACAAAUGUAUGAACAAUUGGCACAUCAAAUAGGAGCAUCUAAACUUCAAAAACACAUCUCAGAAUCCAUCUUCCUUGUUGUGAUCGGAAACAAUGAUAUCUUUGAUUACUUUAAUUCAAUUGAUCUUCAAACGAAUAACACGCAACAACAGUAUGUCAAAUCCAUGGUUUCUUCGUUAAAACUGCAACUACAGAGAUUAUACAAAAAUAGUGCAAGGAAAUUCGAGAUUGCUGGCGUUGCUGCAAUUGGAUGCUGUCCUGCGUUACGGCUCAAGAACAAAACCGAAUGCUUCUCAGAAGCCAAUUUAUUGUCUGUUAAAUAUAAUGAAGAGCUUCAAUCUAUGUUGAAAAAAUGGCAAUCAGAGAACAAGAACUUAAGUUAUUCAUACUUUGAUACUUAUACCGCCAUCCAAGACCUCAUUCAGAAUCCAACUUCUCAUGGAUUUGUAGAUGUGAAAACUGCAUGUUGUGGAAUUGGUGAACUGAAUGCUGAGCUUCCAUGUCUACCAAGUGCAAACAUUUGUAGCAAUAGACAAGAUCAUAUAUUUUGGGAUUCAGUUCAUCCUACUGAAGCAACUACUCGCAUAAUUGUGGAUAGACUUUAUAAUGGGCCUUCACAAUACACAUCUCCUGUUAAUAUGAAACAACUACUUCAUGUAUCAAUUGCCAAAUCAAAUUUUCCCUUCAAUUUUUUCAUUUUAUUGAGUUUGAUGGUUACUUGUUAUCAAAUAAAAGUAAAGUAA